AUGCGAUUUGAGAUCUACCUAGCAGCAGCAGAAAAGGAGAACAAAUCCGACAAGAUCAAGGUAAACAUGUUGCUUAAUUGCGCUGGGAGUGAAGCCAUCGAGGAAUACAGUUAUUUUACAUACGGUACCGAUGAAAGUCCAGAAUCCUUUGAGAAAAUCUGUAAGAAAUUUGAAGAACUUUGUCGAGUUGCUAGAAAUGUGAUAUACGAGAGAUUGGUGUUUAAUCAACGAAGCCAGAAAGAGGGAGAAAGGAUUGAUAAUUUUGUGAGUGACAUGAAACGACUAGCCCUUGCAUGUGAAUUUGGGACUCUAAAAGACUCGCUGAUUCGAGACCGAAUGGUCGGCGGAGUGUUGUCUGAUCAACUGAGAGGUGAACUGUUGAAGAAACCAGACUUGACAUUACAGUCAGCACAUGAUUAUUGUCGUACCUACGAAGCCUCAGAGGCACAAAAGAUUAAGUUCAGUCUACCCACUGGCAUUGUUGAGCAAUCAGCAUCUAACAUUCAUGACAUCAAGAGCUCCAUGUCGCAAAAUAACAGAGGCAAGAUGACCCUUUUUGCAAAUUUUGUGGUCUCAGGCAUUCAUUUUCGCAAGGUAAAUGUCCAGCCUUUAAGCAAGAGUGCAGAAAAUGUAAAAAGGUCGGUCACUUCGCGAGGGUGUGUAGAUCUACAAGGAAGAGCAGUGUGCAUCAAGUUGAAAAAGCCGCAAGUGAAUACGAUGAAGAUGAUGCAACUCAUGCCGGAUGUAUCAGCGUCAAGGAGCAAAAGCAUGAUCAAUGUCACCAUAAGUAACUGUCAAGUCAAAGUUAAAGCCGACACUGGUGCUAAGGCAAAUGUCAUUCCCUUUAGCCUGUACAGACAAGUUACACGAAACACUCCAGAAAAUCCACCAGCCAUUGAAGGGAUGCCCCAGAUGCUCAAGAUAGCAAGAAUUCCAGAUAUCAUUACAACAGAUCCAGUGCUAAAGAACUUUCAAGAUUGUUUCAGUGAUAAGCCUGGUAGACUACCUAAUGAAAUCACUCUGGAAACUGAUGAGUCUGUAAGACCUGUUAUUCAUCCUCCAAGAAAGUUACCAAUAUCACUCCUGGGGCCUGUAAAAGAGAAGUUGUCUGAGAUGGAACAAGAUGGAAUCAUAGUCAAGGAGGAGGAACACACACCAUGGGUCAGCUCAAUGCUAUUGGUAGACAAGAGACGAGAGAAGGGAAAAGGACAACCCACAAAAGAGGAAAUCAGAAUCUGCAUUGAUCCACGAGAUCUAAACACUGCACUGAAGCGUGUACACCACCCUAUGGUAACUAUAGAAGAAGUUGUAGACAAACUUGCUAACACUGUUGUUUUUACAGCUCUAGAUGCCUGCAGUGGGUUUUGGCAGCUCCCAGUGGAUGAAGCAAGUUCAAAGUUGCUCACAUUCAACACUCCUUGGGGAAGGUACCGGUUCUGUAGGCCUCCUUUCGGAGUUGCUCCAGCGCCAGAGAUAUACCAGCGAGAGAUGGAACGGCUGUUUGAAGGUGUCCCAGUUGAAAUCCUUGUGGAUGACUUCCUCAUACAUGCACAAGACCAGUCAGAAAUGGAUGAAAAACUGUCAAUGGUACUGGAGCGAAGUCGAGAGGUAGGACUGAAGUUUAAUCCUAGUAAAGUAAAGCUUAGAGUGGAUGAACUCAAACGUGUUAUCAGUAGUUCACCUGUUCUGUCAUAUUUCGACAAUAACAAACAGACAGUUUUAAAUGCUGAUGCCAGCAGUACAGGCUUAGGUGCAGUGGUAAUGCAGGGCGGAAGGCCAGUUGCAUAUGGAUCACGAACACUCACCAAUGCAGAGAAACAUUACGCAAACAUUGAAAGGGAAUUACUAGCUAUUACCUGGGGGGUACAGAAGUUUCAUACUUACCUUUAUGGCCGGUCAGUCAUCGUACAGACAGAUCACAAACCACUCGAGUCAAUUUUCAAGAAACCACUUAAUGAUGCCCCACCCAGAUUACAGCGCAUGCUCCUUAAGCUUACAAAGUAUGAUUUGAAUGUCAACUAUGUUCCUGGUAAGCAACAAGUCCUUUACGACUGUUUGAGCAGAGCACCCAUACAUAUACCAGAGACACCUAGCAAUGACAGUGAUGAGGUUCAAGUCAACUUGGUUGACAAGUUUAGACUUGACAAAGAUGCUCUGUCAAAGUUUAGAAGUUGUACCAAUACUGAUGAGACUUCGCAGGUCGUUAUGAAUUAUGUUCUCACUGGUUGGCCUUCAGACAGGGGACAGAUCGAUGAAUUAGCAAGAGAAUAUUUUAACUACAGGGAGGAGCUAAGUGUUGAGGAUGGCUUACUAUUCAAGUCUGAUCGAAUUGUCGUACCACGAGGGAUGAGAGCUGAAGUACUUGAUGAGAUUCAUGGUGCGCACAUGGAACAGCAAAGACCUGCCACCACUGGAAUCUGGUUCGAAAGUCAGAAUCGGAACAGGCGGCGAAAAGCAGUGGAGGACAGCGGCGGUACUACCAAGGUCAUACAUGGUACAAGACGACAGGGGAAGAGUUUACCGCAGGAAGAGAAGGCACAUCAUUUCUACUCCAUUAGACCAGCCAAUCCGGCUGCAGCCAAGCACACCGGUCCUUACUGGUGUGCCAGUGAAGCUAUCGACACCUCCACAGAUACCUGUAGUCUCGGAUCAGCCAAAGCCACAGAUGCCUGCAGUCUCGGAUGUGCCUAUGAAGCAGCCAGUCACUACCAGAUCAGGAAGACUAGUGCAAAAGCCUGA